AUGAUUACAAUAAUCAUUUUGAGCGUGCUUGUGUUAAUCUGUUUACUAUCAUGGAUCCACUUAGUCAAAGAUUCAAACAAGUACAAUAUCCCGGGACCAGCGGUUCUUCCUCUUGUGGGAAACGGAAUUGAUUUUCUGGUUAGAAGAUCACAAUUUCUUCCUCUCCUCGCUAAAUUUCAGAAGAACUUCGGAGAUGCUGUUCGGGUUUAUCUGUUUCAUAGCCCAUACGUGCUUUUAUAUCAUCCUAAAUACAUAGAGCCUCUUAUGAUAGAUAAUGACCUCAUAACCAAAGGAAAAUCGUACACUUUUCUACUAGAUUGGUUGGGUUUAGGACUUCUUACAUCCACUGGCUACAAAUGGCGGUCGCACAGAAAGUUUUUGACCCCUGCCUUCCAUUUUAACAUUCUGCAAAACUUCUUGCCGGUGUUCAUCAAGAAUGAGAAGGUAUUAAUAAGGAAACUUAGAACGAGCUAUUGCAAUGAUAAAUCGUUUGACCUCUUCCCUAUCAUUGCACUUACGGCUCUUGAUAAUAUUACGGAGUCAAUAAUGGGAGUGUGUAUUAAUGCACAGGAGAACAGUAAUUCAAAAUAUGUCCAAAGUAUUGAGGACCUCAGUCAAAUAGUAACUCUACGUAUGCGAAAUCCGUUUGUUGCUGAAGAAGCAAUAUUCAAACUGACGCCAUACAAGAAAAUUCAAGAUAAAGCCUUAGAAGUGUUGCAUGGGCAGACGAAUAAAGUCAUCGAAAUAAGAAAAGAGGAAUUGAGGAGUGCCAACAUUGACAAACUUAGUAGUGAUGUCGAUAUAGGAAUGAAGAACAAGCACGCUUUCUUGGAUUUACUGCUGCUAGCGGAAGUUGAUGGAAAAAAAUUGGAUGAAGAGCAGAUUCGUGAGGAGGUUAAUACCUUUAUGUUUGAGGGCCACGACACAACGGCAUCGGGUAUGGUAUUCUCAUUGUUUUGUAUGUCAAAACAUCCAGAUGUACAAGAAAAGAUACUUCAAGAACAGAAAGAAAUACUUGGAGACGACCUAGCUAGGGAACCGACUUACAAUGAUUUGAAAAAGAUGAAGUAUCUGGGCCUCGUCAUCAAAGAAGCACUCCGUUUGUAUCCAGCUGUUCCAUUGAUACAAAGGCUGAUCACAAAGGACUGUGAGCUCGCCGGACUUCGUGUGAAAAAGAACACAUCAGUCAUCGUUGAUAUUUUCCAUAUGCAACGGCACCCUGAUGUAUUCGACAAUCCUUUGGAAUUUCGACCUGAGCGAUUCGAUACAAGCCCUACAGCAACUGCCAAUAAUGUAUUUUCGUGGCUUUCGUUUAGUGCUGGCCCAAGGAAUUGUAUAGGUCAAAAAUUCGCCAUAAUGGAAAUGAAGGUAACAUUGGCUGCAAUCGUGAAGAAUUUCAAACUAUUACCAGUUGACACGGACCCUGGAUUGUGCUCAGAUCUGGUGUUGAGAGCUGAAAACGGAGUUAAUAUUAAAUUGGCUCCGAGACAUAUCUGA